GGCGUCGUGCGGUGACGGUGCGGCGGUCGGGCAGACGGACGGGCGGAGGGAGGCGCAAGGAUGGACACGCUGGGCAGGAAGGUGGUGGUGUGCGACAACGGCACCGGGUUUGUGAAAUGUGGCUAUGCAGGCUCCAAUUUUCCGGAGCACAUAUUUCCAGCUUUGGUUGGAAGACCUAUUAUAAGAUCAACAGCUAAAGUGGGAAACAUUGAAAUCAAGAAUAACAAAAAAAUGGAUCUCAUGGUUGGAGAUGAAGCAAGUGAAUUGCGUUCAAUGCUGGAAGUUAAUUAUCCAAUGGAGAAUGGCAUCGUUCGGAACUGGGAUGAUAUGAAGCACCUCUGGGAUUACACAUUUGGACCAGAGAAACUUAAUAUUGACACAAAAAAUUGUAAAAUACUGCUUACAGAGCCUCCUAUGAACCCAACUAAAAACAGAGAGAAGAUCGUGGAGGUUAUGUUUGAGACAUACCAGUUUUCUGGAGUGUACGUAGCCAUUCAGGCUGUCCUUACUUUGUAUGCUCAAGGUCUGCUGACUGGUGUUGUUGUGGACUCUGGAGAUGGUGUCACUCAUAUCUGCCCAGUUUAUGAAGGUUUCUCUCUCCCUCAUCUCACCAGACGGUUAGAUAUUGCUGGGAGGGAUAUCACCAGGUACCUCAUUAAGCUCCUCUUACUGCGAGGCUAUGCUUUCAACCACUCUGCUGAUUUCGAGACUGUUCGCAUGAUCAAGGAGAAGCUGUGCUAUGUGGGAUACAACAUUGAACAGGAGCAGAAAUUGGCAUUAGAGACCACAGUACUAGUUGAGUCGUACACGCUCCCAGAUGGCAGGAUUAUCAAAGUCGGUGGAGAACGGUUUGAGGCACCAGAGGCACUUUUCCAGCCUCACUUAAUCAAUGUGGAGGGGGUUGGUGUGGCUGAACUGCUGUUCAACACCAUCCAGGCUGCUGACAUUGAUACCAGGUCUGAAUUCUAUAAGCACAUUGUGUUGUCUGGAGGGUCCACUAUGUACCCUGGGCUGCCUUCACGACUGGAGAGAGAACUUAAACAGCUCUACCUGGAACGAGUUCUGAAAGGAGAUGUGGAAAAACUCUCGAAAUUUAAGAUCCGAAUUGAAGACCCACCUCGCCGAAAGCACAUGGUGUUUUUGGGCGGCGCAGUUCUAGCAGACAUCAUGAAAGACAAAGACAACUUCUGGAUGACCCGACAAGAAUACCAAGAAAAGGGGGUGCGUGUGCUGGAGAAGCUUGGUGUGACUGUUCGAUAAAUCCCAAAGCUUGUUCCCAUCACGUCUAAAGCUUUUUUUCUUUCAUUGCCAAUCUCUGAACUCACUCAGCUACAUGCUAUGGAAAGGCCUGUCUGUGGCCUUUGACCCAAAGGUCAGGUUUUGUUCUGGUUUCUUGGGGUAGCUUUUGUUAAAUGUUUCUUAAUGUGGCUAAAUUUGACUAUUAAAUUUGACCACUUCCCCGCAAACAAAACAGAGCAAGAGCAGCCUGUCUACUUCAUUGUUCCUUCCCAGUAGGCAAUUGGGUAAUUCUGGUAGGCUUUUUCUUCUGGGUUUAUUGCUGUAGUACUGCUAGCUUUUGUCUCUAGUUCACAAGGGGUUGUGUGCCUUUUUUAGCAUAAGAAAACCUUUAAACGGGAGCUUUUGCUAUUGGAUCAUUGUGGUGGUUAUCUUUGCAUCUUUUUGCCUCUCUCUACAUUAAGACUUCUUUUUCUUUCCUGCAAUAAGGAAUUUUGAUUAAGCAUAGUUAGAAACUAGUUUAACUAGCUGGAAUGGCUUUACACACUGUGUCGAUGUAAUGUGGUUCUGUAUGCCCUGCUGCCUCAAACUGGUUUCUGAGGCCGUUUAUCAGAAUCCUUAGAGGAGGUGGGGCUUCCAUGCUGUAUUUCUCUAAGUGGGCAUGUACACAGUUGCCACAAACCAGGGAACACCGGAUAUUCUGGCAAAAGUAAAUCUGUGGCCUUAGAUGUCUUUUUUUUUCUUUUAUUUAGGAGGGAGGAGACAGGUUUGAGCUGUGUUGCUUUUCUGUUAAGGGACAGCUGGAGGUCAGUCUGACCAAAAAUGCCUCUUUUUGUAGCUACGUUUUGGUACCGUGUUAUCUCAGCAUAGGGAGCAAGAAUGUUACGUUAGCUGUUCUGUAACUGUUGAGAAACUUACUUAGAUGUGCUGAGAGAGGAGCCUCUGAACUUCUAAAGAGAUUAAAUACUUUCAGAAAUGCUUGUGAAAACUGUAAUUAAAGAUAUUAAAACUCCCCAAACUAAGUUUAAAAUGUUUUAAGUGCUUGUAUGUACAUCAGAAGCACUUGUAUUAAACUUUACAAGUAUAUUAACCUAGUGCCAAGUAGUUAUUGCAAAUGAAUAUUUCAAUGCCCAGUGUUCAUCGCAGCAAGCAGAUGUUUAUAAACAACCACUGGCAGUAGGUUACAAAGAAUGACCUGUGUUUGUUCUAGUUGAAAAUAGCACUGGAAGAGGAGAUGUUGGUUGGUAAAUAUCUGCAACUCAUUUUGAUUUUUUGGAUACUUUAGGUGGGAUGGGGAAGGAAGUGAAAAACAAUGACAAAAAUGCUGUUUGCAGAAAGUACAUUAAAGCUGAGUUGUACUGAAAA